AUAUGUAGUUUUGUUACUUGAUAUAGUUGCCUUAUUCAUUACAGUCAACAUUUCGCGAAAUAGGACCGGAUAUAAUGUGGAGAAUCACGCUAUGUUGUCUGAAAAGGAGAAUAUUACAUUGGAAUUACCUUGGGUGUAGCCAAUCGGAGUUAACAAUUUAUUUGCCUCUCGUUGACUGCUCAUGAUGAGUUCAAACUAGAACACGGUUUUAAUGGCAGUGUACAGCAUUAGAACACGGACAAGGUUUCAUCUGUGUCAAACUUCUCUUUUCUUGAAGUCCGAAAUUUUAACAGGUUUUGGACUUCAAUUGUCAAUGGUGAAAAUGAUUCGAUAUAAAAGUCAUUCUUAUUACAAUCUUUGAUAGCCUAUCUUUCGUAGAUACGACGAGUUUUGAAUGUGGUUUCAGUUUAUGCGAUUCUCUUGCAAGUUUCGGCUGGAUUGACGGACAUUCAAAUUAAAUAUUUGAUGAACAUCAUUUUGGGCAUGGUGUUGGUUUCGUGACCAUUUAGCAUGUUCAGUGCUUGAUCCGAAAGUAGAAAUCAGUUCCGAUUAUGUCUGGGUGCGACUGCAGUCGACGAGAUCUUCGCCCUACUUGGGGUUGGUUGGUGGUCCUUGGCGCAUUCAUCGUCAACCUCGUCGCUAUUGGGACCCUCAAAUCAUUUGGAGUUCUCUUACCAUACCUGGUAACCAAUCUACACACUGGUACUUCAGUGAUUGGGCUAGCAGUCGGCCUGUCGCAUGGGGUGUCUGUCGGUUUCGCCAUUGUCACCAACCAGCUCCUGAAGAAGAUCAGUGCAAGAAAGCUUAUCCUCUUUGGUGGAUUUAUAGCGGGUGGAGGAUACUGCACAUGCGCAUUCGUUACCACUAGCGGCGAAUUCAUGGCAUGCGUGACUGUUUCAGCAUUAGGCUACGGCUUAGUCAUCUUAUCCCUGCGAGUGACUGUCGUCCGAUAUUUUCCCAGGAACUACUUCAUUGCUGCCAGCAUUAUGUUGAGUGGUGGUGGAGUUGGAAUGAUGGUCCUACCUCCUCUUACAGAGUUCCUGACAAAUGCUUACGGAUGGAGAGGAACACUCCUGUUGAUAGGUGGCUUUAACCUCCAAACCAUGGUAGCCGGUGCCCUCCUACGCCCCAUCCCUACCAGCCACACCCAGGAAUCUACCCCCUUGACAUCCCGGUCAUCUACCAGCAAUGGUGCAAGUUACUUGAGACGAACUUCUGACGACGAGAACGAACCCACUCCUUCAUCAUCUGCCAAGUCUAGUCGAAAAUCUGCUAAAAUCUCCAGGAAAUCGACAAGGAGUGAGGAUGAACCAGGAACAAGCGCAUCAAGCAGUCACUUUGAGGACUCGGUGGAGGCGGAUAAAUCCUGUGCCCUCUGGAGGACUAUCAAAUACGGAUUUCAAAAGUUGGAAGAGAUUCUGGAUUUCAGGAUAUUCUGUGACUUCCCUCUGUUUUCUCUAGCCAUUGUGGCUAUUUUCCUUCAUGGUAUUACUUACACUGGUUGGAUCCUUUUCCUGGUGCCAAAUGCCAGAGCGAAGGGAUAUUCACCUUACUCAGCCGUUUCACUUGCAACAAUAGGGGGUGCUUCUAACGUUGUCGGUCGACUCUCUGUCGGGUUCAUCCUGCAGAUCACCAAAGGUUAUGUAACUCCAGCCGAUGCUUUCGCCGGUACAUUGAUGAUGAGCGCCAUUGCCUUCUGCAUCAACCCCGUCGCCAAUGUGUUCGGGGUACUCGCCCUAGCUGCUGUCAUCAACGGUCUAUCGAACGGGGCGAAGACCGUGCUCGUCACCCUCGUCAGUCGCUCGGCUGUUUCGCCCGAACGUUUUCCGACGGCUCUGUCUUUCGCAAUGUUUGUUCGGGGGUUUUCGGAACCGCUCGGAGGACUAUUAAUAGGUUGGAUAUAUGACAGGACAUUAUCAUACGACCAGGCUUUCUUGGUGUUAGGUGGGCUUGACGCAUGUGGGUUUGUCUUUAUGGUGUUUGCAAGAUGUGUACAUUGUCGAACGACGUUGCAUCCAAACUGACGACUAUAGCGAUUUUGAUAUUGGCUGUGAUUGGUUAGUUGGGCAGUUAGUACUAUACAUAUAACUUCGAUUUCGGCACGCAAUAUGGAUCCCACAUAUUUGAAUAUUAUUGCUAUAGGAUUAGGCUUUAUCUUCGGUGUAAAGAAAUUAUACUUUACAUUUCUAUGUUUGACAUUUUUAUUCUAAAAAAUAAAACACACCUCACUUAAUUCUAUACAUUUUUCCUCGAUUCAAUGAAAGAAAUUGUAUCAUGUUUAUAUUUAGAUUAUCAUCAUGGUCAUUAAGUCAUUUUUCUUUUUUUACCUCUGAUAAAUGUUGUACUAUAUUUCACGAGUAACUCUUGCAUGACUGGACUUUGUUUAAUAUAAUCAUGAUACUUAUUAAAUAAUAGAUUUUCGUGUUCUUUUGAAUUCAGCAUUCGGUCUUUGUUAAUCAAAACCUUCACGUUGGCUAUUUAUAUUCUCCGUAAAAAUUACAAUUGAAACUGCUCUCCUGAGUUCAUAGAGCAGUUCCACAAUAUAUGAAAAUAAAAUGGCGCAAAAAAUACUCAGCCAUAAAACAGCAGUGUGGUCUUGAUGAUGAUUAUGUAUAUUGACAUCCCAUUAACUUAGCCCUAUACGGCUGAUUUUGAAUCUGAACAGAAACAAUCUUUUUUAAUAAAACAAUCUGAAUGCCCUUUUAUUACGCGUGCUAUAAAGAGCAUGAUACAUUCGUUGUAUUUAUCAAAUGUUGUCUCCUAUAAUCAGCGACUUCUGAAAUCGCAUUAUUUGGCAGCUUUAUAUUUUAGGGCACUCUUUGAAUAUAAACAUUGUUCAUGCUUAUCAUCCCAAAUAUUCGUAUUUACUUACUGGGUACACCACCUCGGUUUUAAGGAAAGUUAUUAAACCACUAAAUAGGGCAUAUCUUGUUGCGAUUGAAUGUGAAUUUUAUGUUUCCAGAUGUUGUAUUUACUAUUUUAAUUGGUUCGAUCUAACAUAAAUGGUUGGAUACAGCUUUAUGCACGUUUGAUGCGACAUUUGGAGAAUUUGGUUACUUCCCCAGCCUUAAUGGCUCAUUUGAUAUUCAUGUUUUUAUAAUGGAGGUAUCACUGAACAGAGUAUUAUUCGUUACAGUUGAAUUAGCAUAACCAAAUACCGAGUGAAUUUUUUUUACUUUGCCCUAAUGAGUUUGCAUAGAAAUCAAUAAUCAAACUUCAUAUUGUUGCAUUUCAGGUUUUGUUUCCAAGUGCUUGGUAAAAUUCACGGGAAAAUUCAGUAGUUCGAGUUUGUCUUUUUAUACACCUCAAUUGUUAAUACUUGUAACUUCUUGUAAACAUGCGCACUGUCAUCAUCCAACUUUGUACAGAGCAAUGUUCAAUUAAUGAACCACAGUUCUGCUCCAUCAUGAUCAAGCUUACAUACUCUGAAGCAGGGACGGAUCAGGGAUUUUCGGAAAAUGGGGGGGCACAUUUUCCCGAGGAAAAUUUUGACAAGGAAAAAAAAGGUUUUCACUUUCAAAAGAGGAGGCAAACUUAUCUUUUAACGGUAUUUUUACAUUACAAGUUUUAUUUGUGCCUCUCAAAGGGGUGGGGGCACAGGCCGACUGUGCCCCCCCCCCCGGAUCCGCCAGUGCUCUGAACAUGCUGAACGUGUAACUGCUGCAAUAUUGUACAUGCUCAAUGACAAUAAAAAAUGAACGUGAUCAUCGCUC